AUGCUGCAAGUUGCCAUGGUCAAAGUUUCCUACAUUUUUAUACAAAACCCAACGAUCUCAAUGAGCUCGUCAAAAGACACUUCAACAUCUCUGGUUCAAGCUAUCGAUACAUCCCUCUCAUCUUUAUCCUCCUCUCUCACUACUCUCUCGUCUUUAACGUCCUCACCCUCUCUCCCAACCUCCGGCUCUAGCUCGACAUCCCUUCCUCCCUUCCCCCCCGGUCUCUGUGACAUCUUCCGUCAAUUGCUUCAAUCCUUACAACAGACGAUCACUUCCCUAGCAUUAUCUUUCAAAUCACCUAUCACUCCAGAUGCGGCAAUACAACAACUACAUAAACUUUCCGAUCAGACGGCUCAAUUAGUCUCUUGUAUCCUCGCUUCUGGGACUAUGGGUUUGUCAAUUCUUGCCGAUGAUUGGAUAGACGGAAUGAUCAAUGUCAUACACGAGGAGCAACAUCUUGUUCAGAAUUUACGAAUUACCGCAAUCGGAGUCGAUGUGCAGGGAAAAAAUGAGAAAGGCUCUCAAGAGAUGUAUUUGAACACAGGGAAGGUAUGGGAUGUCAUUGAUAGUUUAUUGAAACUCCCAUUGACCGAGGUGGAAGCUGUAGUGAGAAGAUGGAAGAUUCACGAAGAACUGGUCAAAGAUGCUUGGACGGAGUUUUGCGAGUCUCUCGAGGUUGUGGAGGACGAGAAACAGGAGGAAAUGUUUGAAGAGGAUGAAGAAUGGGCGGAAUUGGAUGCGUUAGGAGGUGACAGGAGGUAUAGUCAAGAAGAACGAGAGAGGGCGUUGACGAAGAGGUGUGAUUGGUCUGAGCUGACAAUCGGGUCAAACCUAUUCUGA